AUGGAUAAAAUUGAAUCGAACAAACUUUCGAAAGCGCAGUUUUCCACUAGCGUCAUAAGUACGACCUCCAAUGACGGAAACAAUCUUAUUCAUCGAUUUAAGAAUUCAUUCAAACGAAAUGAUUCAUCAGCCAUCCAAGAUGGUUUACUGUAUUCGGAACUUACAGAAGAAGAAAAAAUACAAUGGGAUUUAGCUAAUCAACCCUAUAAGAAAGUUUUAAGUCAAAGGCACUUGACGAUGAUAGCCAUUGGAGGUACCCUAGGGACAGGACUUUUUAUUGGUUUGGGGGAAUCGCUAGCGUCCGGUCCAGCUUCUUUGCUUAUUGGAUUUUUGCUGGUUGGAGCAUCGAUGCUCUGUGUUGUUCAGUGUGGAGCUGAGCUCUCCUGUCAGUAUCCUGUCUCUGGCUCGUACGCUCUGCAUGCCAGUAGAUUUAUAGACCCAUCAGUUGGCUUUAGUAUAGGGAUCAAUUACUUACUGAUGUGGCUCAUAUCUUAUCCUAGUGAAUUGGUAGGAUGCUCGCUUACCAUUUCUUAUUGGGCUCCCUCGGUGAACCCUGCUGCGUGGGUUGCAAUCGCUUUCGUCUUGAGUAUGCUAUUGAAUAUGUUUGGGGCAAGAGGUUUCGCAGAAUCGGAGUUUUAUAUGUCGAUCUUCAAGAUCGUCGCUCUUUUCAUCUUUAUAAUUAUUGGGAUUAUUCUAAUUGCAGGCGGUGGGCCUGAUUCCACUGGCUACAUCGGAACUAAAUACUGGCAUGAUCCGGGCUCCUUUGCUCCUCCAGUUUUCAAAAAUCUCUGUAAUACUUUCGUCUCGGCAGCAUACUCGUUUAGUGGCACAGAAAUGGUUGUUUUAACUAGUACGGAGGCCAGGAAUGUUUCUUCAGUGUCCCGGGCUGCUAAGGGCACCUUCUGGAGAAUUGUCAUAUUCUAUAUUGUUACUGUGAUUAUAAUUGGUUGUCUGGUUCCUUACAAUGAUAGCCGUCUGAUCAAUGGUUCAUCCAGCGAAGAUAUUACCGCUUCCCCCUUCGUUAUCGCAUUAAGCAACACUGGUACGAUGGGGAAAAGGGUUUCGCAUUUUAUGAAUGCUGUUAUCCUGAUAGCUGUGUUUUCUGUUUGCAACUCCUGUGUUUAUGCAUCGUCCAGGCUGAUUCAAGGUUUGGCCACAGCAGGCCAGCUUCCACGCAUCUGUGCUUAUAUGGACAGAAACGGCCGGCCCUUGGUUGGUAUGGCAAUAUGUGGCGCUUUUGGGCUGCUAGGCUUUUUGGUUGUUUCUAAGAACCAAGGCACUGUUUUUACAUGGUUGUUUGCAUUGUGUUCUAUAUCAUUUUUUACAACCUGGUUCUGUAUCUGCUUUUGUCAAGUAAGAUUCAGAAUGGCAAUGAAAGCUCAGGGGAGAUCGAAAGAUGAUAUUAUCUACAGAUCCUCGUUAGGAAUAUACGGAGGAAUCGUCGGUUGUAUUCUGAAUGUUUUAUUGGUGAUUGGGGAAAUAUAUGUGUCGGCCGCACCAGUAGGAAGUCCUAGUUCUGCCGCUAAUUUCUUUGAGUAUUGUAUGAGUAUUCCAAUAAUGAUUGCUGUAUAUAUUGGGCAUAGAAUUUACCGCAAAGAUUGGAGGCAUUGGUACAUCAAGCGGAGAGAUAUUGACCUUGAUAGCGGGCACUCUCUAGAGGAUUUUGAAGCUACCAAACUUGAAAGGGAUCAUGAUAAAAGAUAUGUUGCUUCUAGACCACUUUACUAUAGGAUUUAUCGGUUUUUCUGUUAA